CAGUCCCCUCACUACAUAACAGCAGAACAGCGAUUUUCCUGUUUAACUUUGGAACAGAAUGAGUUUUGUCGUCACUUUGUCACUCGUCGUUUGGCACAAAAUAAACCAGUUCCUCCGUUUCAGUGGACAAAAUCCGAAACACGAAACUUCACACCGUCUGUCAGGUUGACCCACUUGGAGUUAGCAUGUAGCCUAGCCGUUAGCCGUUAGCACCUCACACCAGGUUUUAUUUACACUCCAACAACCAAUUCUCAAAGAACUGAAAACUCCAAGCUAAGAGGAUGUCAUUGGCUUUUGUUUACACUGAACACCUUGUGUCAUAUUUUUUGUUCGAUUCCCAACAGCAAGAAAACAAAUCAAACAAAAAACUAAACAAACCAAACAAAAAACUAAACACACUAAAAACCAUCAAACAGAAAAUUAAACAAAAAACAAAACAAACUAAAAACAAAACAAACAAAAAAAGUCAGUAAAGAAUAUUAUCUGCCAUGGCAUCACAGCGGUCUAAAGCAACAUAAGCAGUUCAAAAUGCAGCCUGCAUCUACGUGUCUUGCGGUCUGAAGCCGUCACAAGGUAAAAAAGGAUGUGACCCCCGUCUGCCGUUCGGUCUUCCUGCUAUGAGCCGAGAUCCGUCGGCGUGAGAGCGUGAGAUUAAUGGAAGGUGUGACGGAAGAGUCGAGGGAACAGUCGGAGAAAGUGCAGGAUGAGACAGGACCCGCUUUAGCGGACGACACUCUGCAGGUCGGGAAGGAUGAUGUGGACGUCCCUGCGGUCACGGAUCCGGGCGAAGACGAGACGGAGCCGCCUCCUGAUUGGCUGGAGCCGUUGGAGGACUGUGAAGAUGAGGGUGAUGAAGGUGUGGAGAUUGACAGGGAAGGAAGCAGCAAGGGAAGAAGCAAAAGGGGCAAAAAUGCUGCGCGGAGACGCGGGAGGCCGUCGGUGUCCUCCAACAGUACCUGGGUGGACUGUCCUGACCUGGGAAGUGGCUGGAAACGAAAAGUGAUCUAUUGGCGUGCGGGCAAAAGUGCGACGUAUUACCUGAGUCCCAAAGGCGUGCGCUUUAGGAGUAAAGUCCAACUCGCCAAACACCUCAAGGCCGACCUGGCUCUCUUUGACUAUAAGGAAGGAAAGUUUGUGGAUGCUAUUAUCCCCAGAAAGCGUCGAAAAGCUCGUGUGAAAGAAGGCACCAGGCGCUCGAGGCUUUCUUCCUCCAGAACCACUACUCCGGACCUGGCCGAGGCUCAAAACUCUGACAACCUAAGCACCCCUAUACAGAACGGACCCCUCAGCCCACAGAGACCCCAACUCAUCCCUAUAUCACUGUCCAUCUCUCCACCUCUAAAGAGCGCCUACAGAAGCCCCCCAGACCUUACUCCCGUCUCCCCCACCAUCAUCCAACAGCCCAGCCCUUCACCCUCGCUCAAACUGGACGAUCUGGAAGUUCAAACCAACCCGGUGUCUCAGUCCUGGCUCCAGUCCUCCUUGGCUCCUGUCAGCCCCAUCAAAACCUCUGAGAGUGAUUUCCCCACUUAUCCAAAUGGCCAGAGUGACCUUCUUCCAACCUCUCUGACUCAGCAGGACCCUGAAGGAGGAAUCAAGGAUCACGGCCUUCCUCCUCUUGAAGGCUGUGCAAACUGUGGUUGUAAAUACCCCGGGAUGGGAAGUGGGAAGCAGCUGCUGUGUCGAAAAUGCAGACCGAGGAGAAAUCAGCAUCCUCAUAUCAUCUUCAGGAAGGUGGGACAGGAUAGGUGGAUUCUGGGAAACUCCAAAAAUGACAUUUCCCUUAAAAAGAAGAUACCUCCUUUAGGGAAGAGACGUCAUCCUCCUAAGUCACUCCGAUUGAUGGCUCAGCAGGAAACGGAAAAGGAAGAGAUUCAAAAGGAAGCGCAGCAGGACAGCGACGAGGAUGACGACGGGCCCGACGGUGGACCCGAUGACGACGACGACUGCGGUCCAAGGAAACGCAAACGUCGGAUGUGCGGACAGUGUAAAGCCUGCCUUCGUAACGAGAACUGUGGGAAAUGCGAUUUUUGCUUGGACAAGACCAGAUACGGUGGACCUAACAAGCUGAGGCAGAAAUGUCGGUUUCGACAGUGUCAGGUUCGGUCCCGCCUGCAGCAGUAUAGACACGAAUACGAGUACAAAUACGAACUACUUUUUCAGACAGGGUCACUUAAAUACGCCCGUUCUGUCGAUUUGGCGGACUCGGGACAGGGCGAGCCGAGCAGGAAGCACGGCAGGCACUGGGGGAGGAGGAAAAUGAAGCGUCGCUCGAGAAGCAGCAAAUAUUGCACGGACGACGAAAACGACGACGACGGCAGAUACGGAGGCAGGAGUCCGGGAAGGAAAGGACGAAAGGGCAGGCCGAAGAAAUACGGUCGCCGCCUUAAACGAGUGAAGGACGAGGAAGAGGAUAAGGGGUCGGAUCCAGAGAUCGAGGACGACGGACCGGGCGACCUGAUUCAGGACCCAUGUGUGGUGUGUGAUGAUGGCAGCAGUGGUUUUUACGAGUCUGAAGAACUCUACUCAAACAACUACAUUCAGAACGGGCCGAACCUCGAUAUGCUCAGGUGCAGUGGACCUCAGGCUGUGGAGGUGGAUUUCCCCGAGCUUCCUCAGGCCCCAGGACUCGUGUACGCUGUACCCGGUCUACCUGAUGGUUCUCAGCUGCUGAGCUCGGUCCUGCCUAACGGUGUACCACUUCAGCUGAGCGCCGUGCCAGGCACACACACCCCUCUGAUGCUAGACGAAGUGCUGGGCAAAGCUGCCCCUCAUCAGCACCCCGAGGUCCUGACCAGCAACGGGCCGCCCGUGCGGCUUAGCGAUUUCCUUAGGAAUCAUGGAUUAGAGCUUGUCGAGGUGGAUACGACCGUUCCACAGAUGGUUCCAGCUCCUCCCACAGCUCCUCCCAUAGCUCCUCUCAUAGCUCCUCCCACAGCUCUUCCUACAGCUCCUCCCAUAGCUUCUUCCACAGCUUCCCUCAUAACUCCACCCAGCCUUGAACCAGAGCACCAGGGUGGACCAGGAACACUAGGAGCAUCACCUGAGACCUACAGCCUUCCGGAACCUUCUGAGAGUUCCUCGAUCCGGGACUCUGCGCUGUUGGAGUUGCUGACUUCUCUGCGCCGCACCAUUCUCCCUGCACACUGGGUAGGUGUGAUGGCUAAUGGCCCGAUCCUGCAGCUCUUCCAGUGCUCCAAGCUCUCUCCCAUGGCUGACACGGUGCUACAGAUCGAGCCGGACUUCUUCUAUCAGAUCAGCGUGCAGAGCCAGCCGCUGCUGCCUACGCACGCCUUGUACGAGCGCCACCCGGCCCGCCUUACCUCCGUCAGCAAAGUAGUGACCCUGCUGCUCGACCUGGAAGAGUUGAACGUGUGUCAGGGCUACCAGAGCUUCGAGGCGAACUCGCAGCAAGAGCCGCUGCUCUGCGCACGUGCUGCGUUGUGCCAGCUGCUCGUCCCGCAGGAUGAGGACUGCUGCGAGAAAUGCCAGGAAUGCAACCCUCUCAUUAAGAGCUAGUGCACGAACCUCGGUGAUCAGACGGUUAGGAGAAGAGAUCUGACCAUCAGAACCGUUCACUGGUUUAUUGUGAAGUGUAUAUCAAGUCAAUACGUCAUCCUACAUUAGAACCUUAUUAAUGCAGGGGGUUUGUGUCGAUGUGUAAACGAUGCCAAAACUGCGGGGGGGGCCUUAAAGCAAUACGCAGAUACUCCGACUUCAGUCUCCGUUCGACAAUAAUCGUAACGUACGUGUGAUUCCUACAAAACAAAACAAUCUGUCGAUUCUGUAAACUUUUAAAAUAAAUGAGAAAUUCAGUUUCUCUGACAUGAGAAAUUUUAAACAACCUUUAGACUAAAGGAUGAGAGAGUUCAGGUUUUUAAGAAUGGUUUUUAUUUAUGGACAGUCAGAUGGAUACCGAGGUAACAAAAGCAAAAAAAUUUUUUAAACAUUUAAAAAAAAAAAUCAUUUUUAGUUUCAAUUUGAAACCAGUGAUCGGUCCAAAUUUUGGAGCAUGUGCUUGUAGGAAAAUAAUCGAAGACUAGGUCAUUAUGUGAAGAGUUACUGUUACCGCGGCAACGGAUCUUAUUCUUCCUUUUUAUCUUUCUUCUUCCUUCUUUUUUUCGCUAUUUUUCCGAAAAUUAAAUCGAUCCCAUUUUAGAGAUCGGACUCCUCCGUUCCGUCGACCGCCCCGUCUCAGAUUCGACUUGCUUUACUUCUUAAACGAAUGCCAAUUCAAUAUCUCUUGACAGUAAAGGUCAUCAUUUCAACAAUCGCACACUUUUCUUUUUAGCAAACGAUCCGUUUACAUUUUUCAUCCUUUUAAAUCCGUCCCUGUGCGAGUUAGAAACGAUAAAGCUCUGUAAUAAGCUUAAUAUCAAAGAUCCAGGAUUUCAUGAUGUCGCGAUCACAGAAUUUAACGCGAAAAUCAACGCGUGGUUAGUGGUUAAGGGCAUUUGCCACAAAUGUGAUACGCGUGUAAGCUAUGAUACACGGAAGAGCUUAACACAAUUUUUUUAAAUUGACGUAAUUAACGUCCUAGUAAUCGCACAGACGAUACAGAUCGAAUUGUCCGUGAUUCUGUUGGAAAGUUCUAGAGUGUGCUUUAAGGUUUACGCUCGUUUUGGAAAGUUCUCCUGGCAGUCACGACUCCGGCGGGAUAGAUGAUAUUCAUCUCAGCGUAGACUAAGCUUGCAAGCCUGAGCAAGCAAAGGAAUAUUCCUGGUGAGAUUUGAGAUUUCCCAAUCCUUUUCCUGAGACACUUCCUGGAUGUUUGAGAGAAUAAAUUUUUUUUUUUCUUUUGAAAUAUUUUUUUUAUUUUUUUUUAUUUAUUAAUUAGUACUGUGACUUUGUACCGUGGUGCUCUAAGGGCUCGGUUUGUUUUGACGUCUUCUUCAACAGGAAAUGACUCUGGAGCCGUUGUUCUAAUGGUGCUUUUUUUCCCUGUCUCUAUGUAGCUCUCUGUAGCAAAACAUCCUUAACGAGCCCGUGACGCUCGUCCGUGGCCGACCCUCCGGCGUUUUAGCCUUCUUUGUCCUGACUGGCUUUUGUUCUCGAAUUUGCUCUCAGGCGUAUAGAGAGUAAAAGGGACGUCAUCAAACUUUCAAAACUACCUCUCAGUGAUUCCUUGGGCCAUCGCUGGUGUCCGUAUCUGUUUAUCAGUUCGUAUUGCUUUAUUCACCUUCGCUUAGCUUUCACCAAUGACGCACCUCACCUUGUUCUUGUCUGACUGAAGGCUUUCCGUACGGAAGUCCACCAAGCUUUGACUUUCAGUCUAGGGUGUUUUUCGAGUGCUGCUGUUUGUGAUUUAUAUAUAUAUAUUUCUUGUACUGCUAAAAAAAAAAAAAAAAAAGCGUUUUUAAAUCACUUUUAUUUAGAAUGUACCUUAAAACCUUACACACCGUAGGGUAUGUAUCGGCUUCCAUUCUUUCACUCGACACUGUAACGAAAGUAUUCGGGCAGAAGACGAGCGCCGUCUGACACGAGCUGCGUCUCAAAUCGCAUGCUCGUGCGCUCGAAUUCUCAAAUAGAACUUAUUUUUAAAUAAAAAACCUGCGUAGUGUUUUUCUGAAUGAACCAUCGAAGCAGUUUGAGGCUUCCUUCCCCCACAUCGUGCACCAUGGAAAUAAAGCAGGAUGGCCUUGUGGCACAUAAAGACGUGGCUUCCCUUGACAGCAGGAGAGCUUUUGUUUCCAGCUCCGCUCGUGUCUCGAUCUCAAACGCACGACUUGCUGACGAAUCCGGCGUUAAAAUUACGUACGGUAUAUAGCAUGCAUUUUUAGCUCGAUUAUUAAUAUCGGGUAGAACCUAAUGCAAGCCACGUUCACAUUCAUUUAAACCCAGUUUCGUUUAAGUACAACACCGUUUGGAUUUCAUACUGUAUACGAACCUCUCAGUGCUAACUAUCCAGCUUCAUUUCUCAAGGUUAAGUCAAAGAAAAAUUCUUUAAUUCUUUAAUAAAAUCUUAUUGACGAAAUCUUGAUAUGAAAUGGUACAGAAAGUGUUUAAUGACUACUGAUUCGAUUUUUAAAGUAUUAGGUUAAUGUAUGCGAUCUGAGACGCCGCUACCGUCACGUAACGCAAAGUACAGACGGGUGACGGAUUCGAGGGGGGGUAAAAAAAAAAAAAGGGUGACUUUUAAGCUGAGGAGUAAAAGGAAUUUAUUUAUGUUGCUGGAACGAUUUGCACGAAGUGUUUCACCUUCGAGGGAAUGGAAACCACUGCAAGUCAAUUCAUUAUUUUCCUGACAGAUCGCAAAGAUUUUUUGCUCCUGAUGGGCGUGGUCUUUUCCAGCAUGACUCCUCCCCCAUCUACAGGGCACAAGGGCUCACUGAUCGGGUUAAAGAGGCUGAAAAUGAUGAAGAACACACACUAUGCCCUUCGCGAACACCAGAUAAUUGCAAUCGGGAAAAUGACGUUAGACAGCACUCUAAAUUAACACAAACUGAGGGAACUUUCUUUCUGAGGGAAAUUUCUUCGGGAAGGACGGCGUCGAAUUUACGCCGAUCCACGUUGACGCUGAUCUGGCAGCUUGUGGUCCCUCAACAGCUUACUAACACACUGAAUGUUGGGUUUUUCCUUUACUUUGUCUCCUGAAUGAAAAAGUUGGUCACUGAGAUCUUCACAUUCAUAUUCUUCAGAUUGUGUUUUCUCUAAUGUUACUCUACCAAAAAAAAACCAAACUGAUGAGUGAUGUUAACCAAAAGCUCUACUGAAGCUGGGACAGGAGACUGUUUUCUAGCUGGUGAUUAACAUGAGUGUUGACCGAUGAUGCUAUUUUUACACUUGAGUACACCACCGUGUCCAGCGGUGGUAUUUGCGCCCCACUUGCCACAUUCUGUGACAGGUACACAAAAGUUCUCUAAGGCUGCUUUCACACUUGGCAUUCUUUCUCGAACGACAGAACGCAUUUCACACGCGAUGUCACUGAAAGAAUUUGUUUUUUGUUGUCAGUUUGGAGCUUCAAAUUCUCAGCACCGUUUACUUCAGAUCGCUUCUCGUUUAAUCGGGUUGCGAGUGAGGAAUAAAAAAACGAUCGAGACGUACGACAUGCUGGUGAAAAAAAAUUUGUUAGUGAACAAAUAUUAGGAAAUUUACUACAUGCUGAAUAGAAAAUAAUUAUUCACGCUACAAGUCGUGAACGUGCUCCCAGCGUUGUGACACAACGCCAAGUGUAAAAGCACCCUCAAGCUUCAGUACAACACUUUAGGUUGGUGUCUUGCACUACUGAAUAAAAACUUUAAAGAAUUACACACGUUUGUGUCAAUAAGCUGCUCGUGCUUCAUGGUGUCUUUCAGUAUUUGCGUUACUGAUGUAAUGCUCUUGAAACGAAUAGGCGUAGAAGUCCUUAGGUGAAGUGUUCUGGUCCUGGAAAUCGACAGCACAAAGGGCAGAUUCGUAUUUUCCCUGCUAUUAAAUGACUACAGUUGUGUCUCACCAGUGCUGUUAAAGAGUGUCUGUGGAGUGUGUGUGUGUGUGUAUGAGUGAUCCCAUGUAAAUGAAGGGACUUACAGUAUGGACCAAAGUUACAGUUGUUUUAUUUUCCUGUGUUAACACCUCUGAUUCACAAAACUGGUCUGGAUGAUUGUUUUUCUUUUAAAUGCCUUUGCCCCUUCAUGAAACACUGAAUAUGCCGUGACUGUUUCCUGUCACCAGUCCUUUAAAGUAUUUUGCAGAAUUUGUUUGUCUCUUUUCUCCUUUUUUUUUUUUUUUUUUUUGUUGCAUAGUCACUGGCAUGACAGUAAAGUUGUUGACUGAAAUAUUUUUAUUAAAAAAAGGUUACAGAGCUUCACAUUUUAUUUUAAACACACUGUAGCUGUAGUGUAAUGCCACGUUGGGGUCCUGCUUUACCGCCAGUUUUUAAAACAUGAUUUCUAUGAGUGGUUUAAUGAUUUAUUAAAUUCUGAUUUGUUAAAA